GGCUAUCAGACCAUUGACUUCUUAAGCAAGAUUAGAUAAUAUUUCAGAAACGCCUGAAUGUUCAGAGUAUGCGUCGAAAUUACUCUUGCAUUUCAACUGUAUCCGUUUGACUGAAUUGUUUGUUUUUUGUAUGAUAAAUAAUGUCAUCAGCUAAACGUCUUCGUCUCGAUGAAGUCUUCACGUCAUUUCCAGAGCUGGGUCCCACAGUUCCAGACGGUGGUUACGCAUGGAUUGUUCUGUGUGGAGUAUUUUUAGUCCAGAUGACUGUUCCAAGUAUACUAGCGAUGUAUGGAAUAGUUCUGGCAUAUAUUCGUGAAACUAAAUCUACUGAUUUUGAUUUAUGGAAUGAAAAAAUUAUUUUGACGCCUAUACUAUUUAUUGCCUUUUGGAAUCUAGCGGAUCCUUGGACAAAAAUGAUCGUGAGUAUGGCGCCGAUACCCCGUUUAGUAGGCAUAAUAGGAGUACUUCUCCUGAUGAUUGGAAUUAUAGCAUCCGGAUAUCUUGCAACUGGCGGGGUUGGCGCUUAUUUGGCCAGCACCAGUGCUGGUGCAGUAAUGGGUAUAGGCGCCAGUUUUAUUAUGCUAUUGAGUGACUAUGUUUUGAGGAAGUAUUUCAGAAAGAAGCUCCUUAUAGCUCUGAUGUUAAGAAAUGUUGGAGUUUCUUUUGGUCUUCUGUUUAUCCCGAGUAUCACAAAUCUGUUGUUGCAUGAAGCUAAAUUGAAAACUGGUUUACAACUGAUAACCAUGGUUUUAUUGCCUACUGCAUUUGGAAUAUUGACUUUUCGGUUUCCUCCUCCACAGCAAAUUUCUCCUUAUAGUCUACUCUUAUCAACUGAAGAAGACACUGAACUUCCUAUAAAAAUCUCCUUUAAUGCUCAUGAGAAUUCACAACAUCCAGAUGGUCAAGAUGACAUAGAAAAUUUUGAAUAUGGUCAACCUGAUGAAAAGGCACAUGGAGGAGGAUUACUAAAUGAAGGAAACAAUAUUUAUGCUUAUGAAGAUUUGGAUGAAGAUGUGGACUUAUUUGUAAAUCCAGUGGCUCAUUUGGAUAAAAAAUGGCAGCAUCAAUUUCAAAUUCUGAAGAACUUCCGAUUUUGGGCUGCAACAAUUGGUUGGGUUGGGAUGAAAGUAUCUAUUCUCUUUUUCUGGCUUCUGUUACCCAUUUUGUCUUAUGAAAAUACAAAUAGUUCCCAUUUCUGGAUGUUUCUAUCCAUCAUGGCUGGUUUCAAUACCCUCCCACCAAAUCUUGUUAGUUACAAAGUAUUGACAAUUACAAAUCAGAAUAGAAGACUAUACUUUGGCAUAGCAUCGUGGUUUUGUGGUAUCAGUUUAAUAGGUUUAACAUACGCAAAUAGUUACUUGUGGAUGAUGAUUUUUACCUUCCUGGGUGGUACCAGUAUUGGCAGUUUAUCAAGUUGUCAAGACUUGGCAUUAUAUGAUGUUCUUGGAUCUGAAAUGGUUCAUUCUAUUUAUAAAGUAUUUUCAACUAUCGUAGGUUUAUGCAUUCUUGGUUUUUAUUUUAUACACGACACAAAUCUUUGUUUGAGUUUCGCGGCGCUUUUACAAUUUCUUGGUGGACUUUACUGGAUCUCGUCGCCUACUCUGAACUUAAUUAAAGCCACUCGUUACAGAUCUCGCAUGAUGAACAGAGAAAGCAGAAGCGAGACGUGAUUAAAAUAGUAUUCUAUGGAAUUAAUAUACAUAUAUUUAGGAGUUAUUGAUUUUACGUUACAUCCUAAUUUAACGAUAUUUACAAAAGUAUUUAUAUUGAUCACAACAAUCUGUUUUCUCUGAAUUCAUCUAAAAAUAAAAA